GGUUAUUACCGUCAUUUCCCGUUCUACAUACUACAUUAUAAAUCACCACUCACCAUCUUCCUCCUCCAAUCCAAAACCCUAAUUUUGGCCGCAGCAGCAGCAGCAGCAGCAGCAGCAGCAGCAGUCCCAUUUUCAAGGAGCUUGGAAGAAGCGUUGCUGAGAGCUCGCAAUGUCUCCAGCAAAGGCGGACACAACUAAAAAGGCUGAUGCCAAAGCUCAGGCCUUGAAGACAGCCAAGGCUGUGAAAUCAGGUGGCAAGGUGAUCAAGAAGAAAGCUAAGAAGAUCAGGACAACCGUCACAUUUCACAGGCCCAAGACAUUGACUAAGGAGAGGAACCCUAAGUAUCCUCGCAUCAGUGCGACCCCAAGAAACAAGUUGGACCACUAUCAGAUUCUCAAGUUUCCUUUGACUACUGAAUCUGCAAUGAAGAAGAUUGAGGAUAACAACACCCUGGUUUUUAUUGUUGACAUCCGUGCUGAUAAAAAGAAGAUUAAGGCUGCUGUGAAGAAAAUGUAUGACAUUCAGGCCAAGAAAGUGAAUACUUUGAUCAGGCCCGAUGGAACAAAGAAAGCAUAUGUGAGGUUGACUCCAGAUUAUGAUGCCUUGGAUGUAGCCAAUAAGAUUGGUAUCAUCUAAAUUAUUGUGCUGCUUCAUUAGAGCAAAGUCAAUUCAGCAUUAUUGAGAUAGUUUUCCAUUUCCUUUGUUAGGACUCCUUUGCUAUCACCGUGUAUUAAAAUAUUGUGCAUUCAAUUUUGUUUACCUUUUGCUGAAAUCAGUUCAAUACCAGAAGUAACUCAUAAUUCAUAACUGAUUUCACAUUUGCUUUAUAAUUAGUAUCAUUUUAAUGUGCACA